AUGGAGAACAGGAACAUCGUCUUCGUCACUGGUGGAAACACGGGCAUCGGCUUCGAGACCGUCAAGGCGCUUCUCUCGUCCCCCAAGCGGUACCACAUCUUUCUCGGCAGCCGCACGCCGUCGAAAGGCGAGGAUGCCGUGGCCGAGCUGAAGAGGAUGGUGCCGGCCACCGAAAGCACGGUGGAAAUGGUGCAGAUCGAUGUCCAGGACGACGCCUCCAUCGACGCGGCCGUUGCGCUGGUCGGGGGCAAAUGCAACAGGGUCGACACUCUGAUCAACAAUGCCGGCGCCGCGUUUGACACGAGCUUCGAGAACGAUGUCCCCCAGUUUCGGGCCAUCCUCAGCAAGGCCUACGACGUCAACGUCUCGGGCGCUCAGGUAAUGACGGCGGCCUUUGCGCCCUUGUUGAUUGCCUCGUCCUCGCCGCGCCUCGUCUUCGUCACGUCCGGCCUGUCGACGCUCUCGGGCAACGCGGCAAGCUUCAUGCCACCGUGGGCACCGAGGCCGGUGGCGGGCUGGCCCAAGAAGGACCUCUUCGUCCCGCAGGGCUACCAGGCAUGCAAGGCGGCGCUGAACAUGAUCAUGCUGACCUGGCACUGGAUCCUUCGGGAGGACGGCGUCAAGACCUUUUGCGUCAGCCCUGGCUUCCUGGCGACGAAUCUCGGCGGUGAUCCUGAGCGGCUCAAGGCUGCCGGAGCGGGGGAUCCGGCCAUCGGAGGGGAGCUUCUUCGCCGGGUCGUUGAAGGAGAGCGGGAUGAUGAUGCCGGCAAGGUCGUCUGCCAGCAGGGAACGCAGCCGUGCCGCCUGAUGUCGUGGCUCAACAACAUCUUCGUCUCGCACGAUGCCAAUCCUUCCCUCCCGUCCGUUGCAUCCAGCUUCUCCUCUGAGCAGCAUGCCGCACCGCACAGCACCGCACAGCACCUCGAUGGCCUCCUCUCUUGCUUUCGCCGUGAGCGAGACUAG